AUGCUUUGGGUAAAAAAGCGAAAUGGCCUUCGCUACAUAAUGAUCCGCUGCACCUUAAAUUUUUUAAUAACCUGCAUAGGCAAGAAACAAGCGGGUGACAUUGUGUUGAUAACGAAUCUGAGGGUCACAAAACAACUCAAAGGCAUCGGAAUGGAGCACAUCGGAGAUACCAAUCGAGCUCUUCAGCAGGAAAUGGACUAUCAGGAGUACUUGGCCGAAGAACUCUUCAGAUCAGAAUCAAGGGGAAUCUUUACGGACGCCCAACUCAGAGAUCUUCAGAAUAAAGUUGAGUUAAACGAAAACCACUUGGACUACCUUGGAGCAACGACGAAUCUGGAAAACGUAUUUAGUGACCUGACGAACAAAAUUGCCUCACGCUCUGUCAGCCUCUCGCAACGUCUUGAAGAGCCCAAUUUCUGGGAUCGGAACCUAAUUCGAAAUGUACGGAACUGCUGGAAAACAGUGCAGAUGUUCUCGCUGGCCAGUCGUGUUCACAUCUCAAAUGCCGCGGAAUACCAAAUGUUUUACUAUAUCUGCAACCAUUUUACCCAUGCAAUGAGAACGAAGACAGAAAAUCUCUUCCGGCAAAUACAGAACUUUGACUUCAAUGAAAACUAUUCCUCAGCCGACAAUGCUCAACGAUUUGGGAACCUAAUGCACGAAAGCCUUCGCCAAUAUCACUUACUUUCUGCUGAAGCCUGCCGAAUCGCCGCAAAGGCGCAAACAGUCGUCCCAGUGCAUCAGAGAGUGCAGCCGCUUCUGAGACCCACGCACGGCAUUGUUCUCUGUGAUUAUAAAACCAACCAAUAUGGUCUACGCGCGUACCAGAAUGUGAUAGUUUUGGACAACAACGUGCUAUCGUCACAAACAACUAGCUGUGAGGACCAAACCAUCCCCAGUGGGUGCUCCUGCUCCCUCCAAACGGCUGAAGGGAAAACGGACAGUGAGUCGCCCUACACUUCGUCAGGGGGGGUCGUCGAUGACCGCCAGCGGGUGUCUGAAUAUACAGACCCCUCUACGAUACCCAGAUCUCCCUCACCCUCGACUGCAUCCGUCUCCUCAGCCUGUUCCUCGAUUGUGGACAUCGACUGCUCAAACACCUUCUGCGAUCACCGGGAGGAGCGACUCUGGAAGGUUCAGACUUCUGACGGCAAAAUCGAAAUGGAAGUUCCCGCAGUCGCCAUUAUGCUCUGUGAAACUGACCAAAUGGCGAUCAACACCGCCUUCGACCUUUGUGAACAACUGACGGAAAUAUGGGAAAAAACAAUUGACAGCUACCUUGCGGGAGCUGUAACCCUCCUCUCUGGAUACCUCAAGUACCUAAACACAUCCGAGGUAUGUCGAAUCCACAGCUGA